AUGUCGUCGGCUGUAGCGGAGCUGGAUAGCUACCUUCGGUCCAUGCUGGCUCUGAAGCCUCCCGGGGUUAGAGGCUCCAAGGUUCACAGUAUUACCAGACUGUGCACCGCCAAUGUUCAAGAUGAACCCGUUCUCAUCCAAAAAAUCUACACUCACUUCAAGAAGGCCCCCGCCACCCACAAGCUGGGCGUUCUCUAUGUGGUCGACUCUAUAACCCGGCAUUGGGUAGACGCCACUCGUAAGGCUGGCCGGCCUCCACGAAGCGCCGCGCCGGAUAGGACCUUCGCUGGUGGCGUCGAUCGAGUGACCAAGUUGUUGCCCGUGUUGAUGACCGACAUCAUCAACAAUGCCCCGCAAGAUCAAAAGGAAAAGAUCAAGAAGCUCGUCGACAUCUGGGAGUGCGGCUGCUCCUUCCCGCCCUCUAUGCUCACCUCAUUCCGCGAGAAACUGAACACUCCGACACAUAAUGUUCAGGCCACCAUGCCAAAAGGCUCACCGGCCCUCAGCUUCAAUCCUUUGGAAGCCCCAGCUCUGCUGCAAAGUACCAAUAGCUCGCCGGCGGCGGCAACAGAUACCACCAGUAUACUCAAACCGCUGACCGAUAUAGCUAAACGGAGCACGGUGACGUCCGCUUCUCCCACCAACCCGCUCGCUACCCUAACCCCAGCAGGCGCGGCUCUGCAUCUCGCUUCAUCUGUCGAUUCGUCUCUACUGUCACCCUGGACGGCUAACCCAUACACAGGUGCUGGUGCUGGCGCCAUGGCCAAUCCAUUUGCCGCUCCUGGUGGCCUUGGCCAGAACCCUGCCAUGCCGCAGCCGCAGGGCCAGAGCCAGACCCCGAACCCAUUGGAAGCAAUGCUUCCGCAGUGGCCAGCCGCCGCUCCGGCGAUGGAUGGAAACGCGAUGUCCCGGCAGCUUCCGCUGCUGCAAUUACUGUCGCAGCAGGGCAUCUCGCAGGACCAGUGGGCUGCGGCCCUGCAACUCGUCAACAUAACCGAUACCCUGGGUGCUGCCAACCCCCCUCAAAUUCCUGGCUUUGGCGCGAUACCCUGCCAGGGCUCUGGUGGCAGGGGCCAUCCUGAUAUGCAGAACCGUGUCGAUCGUGAUCGCAGGAGGGAUCGUGACCACUCUAGCUCUCCUCCCGGUGGGUAUGGCCGUCCUUCUGGCUCUCCUGGUUGGGACCGACGUCACUCCGCCUCGCCGCCUCGCCGCCACGACAGGCCGGUGCACGACGAGUAUUACGGUGAAUCUCCUGGGCGCCGGGGUGAUCCUCGCGAUACUCGUGGUCGUCGGGGUAACGAAUACCGUAAACGUAGCCCGCCGGGCUGGAAACGCCGGGCUCAUUCCCUGCUGCGGAAAGACCUUAAUCUCCCCUCGCCUGGUCCCAAGCACGUCGAGAGGGACUAUUCCAUCGGCCCGGGUAACAUCAAGGUUCUGAGCCGCACCCUCUUUGUCAGUGGCAUCUCCUCCGAGGAUCACCUCCGUUCGCUCUUCAACAAGUUCGGCGUCGUUCAGACCUAUAUUGUCAACAUUGACAAGCGUCAUGCUUUCAUUAAGAUGAUUAGCCGCCACGACGCGGUGAGCGCUUGCGAAGGAGUAGAGUCAUUCCGUUCAGGCGAGAUACAACUCCGCACCCGAUGGGGCGUUGGUUUCGGCCCGCGUGACUGCAGCGACUAUCAGACUGGCAUCAGUGUCAUUCCAAUCGAGCGACUCACCAAUGCGGAUCGCAAAUGGCUGCUCACGGCGGAGUAUGGUGGCACCGGAGGUCGCCCCAUUGAGUCCGGAAUGGUUGUCGAGGAGCCAGACAUCGAAAUUGGUGCUGGCCUCUCAUCCAAGGCGAUCAGUCGACGCAUUGCGGCUAGCACUAAGCGUGGCCGGAACUCAGACGGCUUUGGCGGCGGUCGCGGCGGACGUCCAGACCGUAAUGGUUUUGGCAGUCCCAGCCAAGGCCGCCUUCGCCGCAAUUGA